CGAUACACAACAAACACGACCUCGACUUGACAGCAUUUGCCAUUUCACGAUUUUCCCCUAAGUCCACAUGAUGACCAAACCGUUGAUUGCGUGGGAAAUGAACCGAGAAGUGUCCCUUCGACUGACUAGCUCUGGGAUGGGGGCCUUUACCCCAAAAACCAUCGUCGAGGUGUUUCAAAAUACCGUCAAGCGCGUCCCAGACAGCCCCGUGUACUACACAAAGGCUAUUGGCAGCUCUGACUACACAUUUAAGACGUGGGCGCAAUACUACGCCGACUGCCGCAAGUUUGCGAAAUCUCUGAUCGCCCUCGGCCUCGCACCUUUCCAUGUGAUCAACAUCAUCGGGUUCAACUCGAUCGAAUGGGUCACUGCCUGCAUCGGCGCUAUCCUCGGAGGCUGCAUCCCCGCCGGGGUGUACACCACGAGCAACCCCGAAGCGUGCCACUUUAUUGCCGAGCACUCAGAAGCACAUGUGGUUCUCUGCGACGGCGUGGCCCAGCUCGAGAAGUACGUAGCCAUUGCGCACAAACUGCCGGUUUUGAAGGCUCUCGUCGUGUACAACGACGUUGUGCCCAGCGACCUCAACUGCUCCGUGCCCGUGUUCACGUUUGCCGACUUUUUGGCGUCGGGGUCAGGAGUUGACGAUACAGCUUUGGAGGCUCGGAUGAGCGCCCAGAAGCCCGGCAACUGCUGCACCCUCAUCUACACGAGCGGGACCACGGGAAACCCCAAGGCCGUGAUGCUGUCGCACGACAACUUGACGUGGACAGUCGAAGCCACUGCCGUACAUUACGAGCAAACCGGAAUUGUCCUCAACGAACGUAGCAACACGGUGUCGUAUUUGCCCUUGUCGCAUGUCGCUGCGCAGCUAUUCGACAUCUAUUUGCCCAUUACGCGAGGCUUGGCCAUCUACUUUGCCCAGCCGGAUGCCCUCAAGGGCAGUUUGGGCACCACGUUAAAGGAAGCGCGGCCGACGUUGUUCUUUGCCGUCCCCCGAGUGUGGGAAAAGAUGAUGGAGAAGAUGAUUUCCAUUGGCCGGGGCACCACUGGCCUGAAAAAGACACUCGUGACGUGGGCUAAAAGUGUCGGCGCAGCAAAAAACGAAGCCGCGCAGUUUGGCAAGGGCGGCGGCACCCCCUGUGGAUAUACGAUCGCCCAGCGCCUGAUUUUGUCCAAAGUUCGAGCGGCCCUCGGGUUUGAUCGGUGCCAAGGCAUGUUAUCUGCCGCCGCGCCCAUCAGCUUGGAGACGGUCAACUUUUUUGCUGCGCUGGACAUUCCCCUCUACGAACUGUUUGGACAGAGUGAGUGCACUGGCCCGACGUCGUUUUCCAUGACUGGGGCGUGGAAAAUCGGCACGGUGGGGCGUCCCAUGCAAGGCACACAGAUGCAAGUGGUCGAAGACACACAAGAAUUGAUCUACCAGGGCCGCAACACCAUGAUGGGGUACCUCAAAGCUGAACAAAUCACCAAAGACACGAUCGAUGCCGACGGGUGGCUGCACUCGGGGGACUGCGGCAAGCUGGACGAAGACAACUUUUGCUCCAUCACGGGUCGCAUCAAGGAGCUGAUCAUCACCGCAGGCGGGGAAAAUAUCCCCCCCGUGCUGCUGGAAGACGCGAUCAAGGAAGAGAUCCCAUUGCUGUCGAACGCCAUGGCCAUCGGCGACCGGCGCAAGUUCCUCACGGCUGUGUUCACGCUCAAGGUGGUGGUAGAUGCCGACGGCAACCCGAGCGACCAGCUGGACAGCACGGCGCUCGCCAUUCUGACCGGCCUCGGAUCCACGGCGACCACCGUGGGAGAGGCCAAGACCUGCGACAAGGUCAAGGCCUACGUGGAGACGAAGUUGAAAAAAGCCAACGGCCGCGCGGCGUCCCGGGCGCAGCACAUUCAAAAGUAUAUCAUUCUGGACAAGGACUUUAGCAUUGGCGGCGACGAACUCGCGGCCACGCUCAAGUUGAAACGACGGGUGGUCAUGGCCAAAUACGAACAUGCUAUCGAGGCCAUGUAUGCAUGAACCAAGCUGUAGUUUUGAGAUAAACGCGGGAAUAUAUAUUGUGCUUUUCAAC